UUAUUUACAUUUUUUUAAUUUUCGCGAAAUGGUGAUAACAUUUUGAAUAAUUUUGAAAUUUUUGCAUUUUCAUUCAGUGGUUUUCUUUCUUCUUUCUUUAAAAAAUAAUAUAAUCGAUCAAGUCGAGGAGUAAACUAAAUGCGAAGGAAGUGUUUAUGCUGUACUAGUUCUACAAAAGAAACGAAAUGCCGAUUCUCGUGAGGCUCGAUGAAGAAUGUAACGAAGCUCAAUGGGCAAUUAUUGAGUUACAAGGAGAUCUAGAAUGUCGAACCGGUACAAGUUUCGAAUCACAGUUCAUCGGAGAUCUAUACUUCAAUAAACAAGAUGAUGGUUCUGUUCUACCGAUAGUUACCAUAGGUCAUCACAUAUUGAAUGGUAAAAUACAAAAAUUGGAUAAACCUUUAGCGGUAAUGGAACGUGAAAAUAUCGACGAUGAGAACGCUGAGUUCAAAGUGAAAGCAAUCGUUACGAAUAAAAUUAUUUUCAAAACGAGACCCAAACCGAUUAUAAGUACUCGAUAGUUUUUUUUCAAUAUUACAUCUUUUCGUUCGAUAUUUGAAAAGAAAUAUUCUAAAUCUGAAAUCGAAUCGUUAUUUUGUGAUAGAUAGUAAGUUGAGUACCUGUGUUGUGAAGUGAAGUUUGUUGUAAUCAUUUUUAGUAAUAAUUUAUGUGGUUUUAUUUUUAUCGAAAUGUCCAAUAAAAUGUCAGAUGCUAUUUUCUAGAAUAAAUAUUUUUGAAAUUGCUCA